AGGUUGACUUUGUUGUUUUCUAUGUCAGUAUGUGUUAGCACAUUGUUUGACUCACAACGCGGACAUCCAGUUAGUUUGCUCAACCACCUUCAUGCGCUAGGAUUUUAAAGAAUUGUUCUCAUUCUCCUAUUCAAUUUAUUAUUUUCCCAACGUUUAGGGGCUUUCAUGGUGGCCCGAUACUGCGCAUGCCUGACAUGGCAGAGUCGUCAAACAUAUGGAGCUUUUCUUCAGGGUACAUUUGCCACCCUGCAUUUUACCCUCAACUUGACGUGACAACUGUCUGCUGGGCUGCCUAUGCUUGUCUGCGGAUCCCCCAUUCCAACCUUAUAAUGGCAUAUUCCUAAAAACAAUCCCUUAUUAUGUUAGAUUUAGAACAACCUCGUUGCUUACUAAAGCUUUUAAACAUCCUUUUUUCGACAUUUCUUUCUGAUUCAUCCACGUAGACAUUAAUGAAUGUAAGGACAGAUUACACUGUGGCGAUGUGUCCAAUUGUGAGAACACCAAUGGCUCUUUCAAUUGCAUUUGUAAAAUUGGUACAAAAUACAAUGGUAAGUGAUACUGACAUGAAUUAUAGCAGAGACCUAAAAAUAAAGUUUACCUCCUCGUAAACUUUCUUCAAGGCUUUGGCCCAUUUCUUGGCAUGGUUUCAGGAUAUAAACGGACGUCAUUUUUUCGUGCAAAAUCUCCUCAAAAGGUAGACAACAUCCAUCGAGUAAUAUUGUUUGUGUGACUCUUGUGUAUUCUCCCAUUUCUUUCGUUCAGUUUAAGUAACAAAUUCAGCUAUCUAGUCUUCGGAUAGCGCUGAACGUCAUAGUUAUAACAUGUCAGGGGCACCCAACGAAUGGGCGCGCCACUUAAUCAUUACUGAACAAAACGAAAAAUUGAUUCUACAGUUCUUCAGAGCCCUGGUUCUCCGCGCCAUUCAAUCGUAAUUGAACACAACACAAUCGAUUUAUGGAGUUUCCAGGCCGCUGGAUGCUAAGACCGUCGCCUAUUCUGUGGACUUCUCGGGCCACUAAGUCAGAGUUUAACAAAACAGACUCGUCCAGUCGACAGCUCUCUCCGCUCUGAGUUGUAUAAGCGCAAAUCCACCCUUGAAAAAUAAUAACACGAGAAAGAAACAUGCAAAUGAAAAACAUCCAUAAGAUAGAACGUAAGUAGGCGGGUGAGAGACAAUGGAACUAAUAAGUCAUUUCAAACUGCGCAACAGGCAAUAAACAAAUAAAAAAAGGAGGCGACAAAAGAAAAAUAACAGCAAGGUAAUGGCAGAAAUAGCAAGCAAAACGCUAAAUAUCCGAAACUGACAAGGCUAGCUUGAAACCUAUUUGAUGAAAACAACUGCAUUAAGGUGACUCGACCCAGUUUCUUGGGGGGGUGUGCCAUCCUACUUUGAAGCUCUCUGGUAUCCCCACCUUUACUUUUAUCUUAAGUCUAACACAUAGAAUGGAUAACAUAUAGAUCAAUCUACAAUAUAACAUAAAAUUUUUGGCGAUCGGAGUAAAUGUCACGUGGUUAUGAUGCCACGUUCCUUUGAGGUCUGAGUCGAAAAUCUACUGUUGUCGGCAUUUUUUCGUGAAAAUCUCUCGGCUACACAUAGUGCGCUUUAGUGCCUUGCGCUGAACAGAGUUUCACCAAAAUCGCAAAGACCAAAUUCGAGAAAUUUAGCGGUUACCAAAUUUAGGUCAUAAUAUAUGCGGAAAUGAUAAGCAAACUUUACACGAUUACAUCUCAUAAACUAUGAGAUUUAUCCCUUUAUUUUGGGCAUCGUUAUAACAGAUGGGUCCUUGCAAGUCAGCAAAACGCUUUAGGGCCUUGUAAAUGUGCGCGAUUUCGAGCAAAGCAAAUAUAUAUAAAUUAUAGUUUUCGCUAUUUGUUGACGUUUGUCAGCGUUUAAGAGUCCUUCUCACGAAAAAAGAAUUUUCUUAAAAAUUCGUAGUUUUUUUUCCUUCAAAUUUUUUCAGGGCCACAAUUGAUUAACUAACUACCCGGACUCUGAAUUUCAUGGUCAUUGAAAAACUGUGACAGUCUUCUAUAAGCCCAAACUUGAGUAAACAUUGAAGAUUUUUAGCGUUUUGGCUGAGUUUGUGCUUUGGGAGUUGCCUAUUGUUUCUAGUCUGUCAUUAUACAGCAUUCUUGUUCAGCACGCGUGCAAUGACUGCCCUUGGCUGACUUCCGAAUGAGCAGUUCUAACACGAAGUAAUUUAAGUAAUUACUUAUUUCCCGCGUCAAGGUCCAAUUAUGAGGGUCUCAAUGGGGUUAAACGAUGGGCGUAAAGCGGCCAAAAAUUUAGUCCAUUGCCGUAAAUAGGGUAAAAAAGAGUUAAUCGUAAAAGAAAUGAAAAGAAGAGAGAAGGUGAUAAAUUCAGUUAUGGCUGCGUUAUUUAUUUCCCGGCUACUUUGACUCCGUACGCACGUUAGGCCAAGCUCCUUUUAGGUGUUAACCUAGACCUAGGCUCUAUUUCCGCUGCUCACUCGAAGAACCAAGGUUUUUUUUCCCAUAAAUACUAGUAAAACAACGCGCAGAGAUGUCACUGUUUGUAAAACACUUUGCCGAUAAACAACAAUUCCCUGUUUCAGUCUCUGACACUACGGUAGACAUUGCCAUGCCUAAUCCCUGUACGGCGUCUUCCCUCGCAAUCUUGGUCGAGGCAUUUCGGUGGCAUACCUGAGGGGAAAAAAAAAAAAACUCGGUCGGACCACGUGACCCGGAAUGCAUUACCCGCGCGGAAUAAUGAGGCCUAAGGACAAGUCAACGGCAGACAGUCGUUCUGUGCAGUCCUUUCUCUGUCAUUAAAAACACCGGACACGAGAAUUUUGUUGUUGGCCGUUUUCACACUAGAGCUAGAGAUGGAUUUUCCUUCUGAGACUAGCUUGUGUACUGUCGCCCCCUCCCCCACAGACACCCCUUCUCCGAUUUCUUCUGAGGUGAGGGGUCGGCUGUACACAGGCUAUCUGGAAUGAUUAAUCCAUCUUCAAACUGUCCGUCAAAAUUGACGGAUUAAAGUCAGGCGGAUUGUUCAUUCGAUCAAAUUAAGACGUAUUACCUAUCUGACGCGAAUUAUCAAACGGAUAACCCGUCACGGCACUGCAAUGAUCCGUCUCAAGCGUGAAAACGUCCAUUUCUGUUGUAAAUGAAUGCCGCGCCCCCGCCUUGAGUUAAGCGUUCGCGUGUCUGCUUUUGCUUUUUCACAAAGAUUAUUUUUAUAUUCACUAUCGACAUUUUUAACGAGUAAAAUAAUAUUAGAAGUGGAAUACUUUAUAAAAAGUAUGAUCUAUCAAAUGUUAAAAUUUUACAAAAGAAUGGCUUAUUUCAUCCCAAGAUGAUCCUAAGACCUUUAUUUUGCUUUAAAGUUACUAGAAAUACAGGUUUAUUAAUAUUUAACUCUUUGAGACAAAAGGAAUUAGUUUUUAACUUUUUUGUUAACCGUAACUGAAAAAAAAAAAAAACAUAACCGAUAGCAGUAAAAGAGCCGAAACUUUAGCCAAUAACCGUAAAAGCCACCACCCCAUUGAGACCCUCAAUUAUGUAUGCAGUUAGAAUAGUAUUAACGUUAUCUUGUAGACGGCAUAAAAGGCAAUCUAUUUAAGAGAACUAUUAAGGGUAAAAACUUUACUUUUCAAAUUAUCGUAAGGUAAGGAACAUCCUGGGGAAAGAAGGGGGGUUCAAACAUCCCCCGUUGAACCACGGUGAGAGGUGGGGGUAUGCGUUUGCAUGAACGUUCGAGGGUUAAGAAACACCAAUUUAUAUGCAUCUAUAAACAUUUUUCUUUAUAAUUUGUUUUCUUUGCUUUUCUUUUAAUUGAUUCAGCAUCGUGUGAAUCGCUAUGGACAGGUUUUGGGUCUUCGUGUUAUAAACUGUACACAUCGCGCAGGAACUGGAACAAUGCGAAAGUGAACUGCCAAAAUGUUGGUGGUAAGUUAGUGAAGAUUGAAACCAAGGAGGAAAGUCGAUUUAUCACAAGAAAAUAUUUCAGUAAUAAAGGUCGUUACUGGAUUGGACUUUCUGACUCCUUUAAAGAAAAAGACUGGAGAUGGACCGACGAAACCGGAUUAACUGGUUAUAAGAACUGGGGAAGUGGCCAGCCGAACAAUUUUUUUAACCAAGACUGCGUAGCAAUGCUAAAAGGAACGUACCAUUUUGUGUAUUUUAACGCAAAAUGGAACGACGAAGACUGCUCCUUGAAACUGGGAUUCAUUUGCGAAAAAAACUGA